UGCAGGGUUUGUCAUUCCCACGACACCACUCACAGGUGGUGGGUACAUUUGUAAUAAAAUUUAACUCAAGUAAAUAAGUUAAUGUGUAUUUAAAAAGUACAACUACAAAUUAAUCAACUGACAACCGGAAAUUGACUGGAUUUAUUUUUUUUUUUUUUUAAUAUUAUUUUCCUCAACGGAAAACGGAACAAAGAACGGAAGGAUAUUGUAUUAUUCUUCCUUGGAAAAUAAAAGUAGUUUGAAUUUUUUUUAAUUUUAAUAUUGAUCAACAUGUUUAAGUUAAUUUUGGGGAUUGGCUUAUUGGCAGUAACAUUGGCAAGACCAGAGCCACCUGUUAAUUCUUAUUUACCACCGGGUAGAGGUGGUAAUGAUAAUAGUGGUGGAAAACCUGGUAGUUCAUAUGGACCACCAGGUGCUGGAAAUGGAGGAUUUGGUGGUGGUGAUUCAUUUGGAGGACAACUUCUAACUGAAGAUAGACCUCCAAGUACAGGAAAUAAUGGUUUUGGUUCACAAAAUAAUGGUGGACAAGGUAAUCAGGGUUAUCCAUCGAGUGGAAAACCAUCAAACUCUUAUGGACCUCCAGCUUCAGGAAGUGGUGGAUUUGGUUCACAAAGUGGACAACAAGGAAAUAAUUUUGGCAGACAAGGCAAUCAAGGAGGUUCAUCAGGUGGAAGACCAUCAAAUUCUUAUGGUGCUCCUGCUGCUGGAAAUAGUGGAUUUGGUUCUUCAGGUGGUUCAUCAAGCGCAAGACCAUCAAGCUCUUAUGGAGCACCAAAUUCAGGAAAUGGAAAUAGAGGAUCACAAGGUGGUUCAGCUGGUGGAAGACCAUCUAGCUCAUAUGGAGCACCAGGAUCAGGAAACAAUGGAGCUACUUCUCAAGGUGGACGUGGUAAUCAAGGUGGUUCAACUGGUGGUAGACCAUCAAACUCUUACGGGCCACCACAAUCAGGAAAUGGUGGAUUUGGAUCACAGGGUGGUUCAUCAAGACCUUCAAAUUCUUAUGGAGCACCAAAUUCAGGAAACAAUGGAUUUGGAGGUUCACAAGGAGGCCAGGGAAAUAAUUUGAGUGGACGUGGAAGUCAGGGUGGAAGACCAUCAAAUUCAUAUGGAGCACCAGCACCUGGAAAUGGUGGUUUUCAAGGAGGACAGGGUAGACAAAAUAAUCAAGGAGGUGGAUCAAGUGGUGGAAGACCAUCAAAUUCAUAUGGACCACCAGCAUCUGGUAAUGGUGGUUUUGGUUCUCAAGGAGGACAAGGUAGACAAAAUAAUCAAGGAGGUGCAUCACCUUCAAAUUCAUAUGGACCACCAGCAUCUGGAAAUGGUGGUUUUGGAUCUCAAGGAGGACAAGGUAGAGGAAAUAAUCAAGGAGGUGGAUCAAGUGGUGGAAGACCAUCAAACUCAUACGGAGCACCAGCUCCAGGAGGUGGUAACAGUGGUUUUGGAUCUCAAGGAUCAGGACAAGGAAAUAAUUUUGGUGGUAGUCCAUCAAAUUCAUAUGGUGCUCCAGCUUCUGGAAACAAUGGAUUUGGCGGACAAGGAGACGCUUCAGUACCUGGAACAGCUGGACUACCUUUAGAAGGUGAAGGCUAUUCAUCAGGUGGUCCUGGUGGUGCUGGCAAUGGUGGUAGUAGCUUUAACGAUGAAGAAAGCAACGAACCAGCCAAGUAUGAUUUUAAUUACGAGGUCAAAGAUGCUCAAUCGGGUGUUGAAUUUGGGCAAACAGAGACCAGAGAUGGUGAUCAAACAAUAGGAAUGUUCAAUGUACUUUUGGCAGAUGGAAGAAAACAAAUAGUUAAUUAUGUUGCCGAUCAAAAUGGAUUUAAACCAAUGAUAAGAUACGAGGGUGAAGCCAACACUGGUGGUGAUUCUGGAUAUCCAUCUGGAGGGCCAUCAGGUGGUGGUGAUAAUGGAUAUCCAUCAGGAGGACCAGGAGGUGAUUCUGGAUAUCCAUCAGGUGGACCUGGAAAUUCUGGAAAUGGUCAAGGAGGCGGUAAUGAUGGUUAUCCUUCAGGUGGUCCCGGUGGUUAUCCAUCUGGUGGAAAUGGAAAUUUUGGAAAUAAUCAAGGGGCUAGUGGAAAUGACGGCUACCCAUCAGGAGGUCCCAACGGUAAUAGUGGAUUUGGUAGUGACAACGGUUAUCCAUCUGGUGCUCCCAAUGAAAAUAAUAAUGGAAAUAAUGGCAACAGUGGUUUUAGAGAAUCGAACAGUGGUGAAAAUCAGGGAUACUCUUCUGCUCGACCUAACAGUGGUUUUGAAAAUGGAAAUCAAGGUGGUUAUCCAUCAGGAAGCGGUGGUGAUGCAUCCGCAAAUGGUGGAUAUCAAUAUUGAUUUAACUAAAAAUAUUUAAGCUCAAAAAAUAAUAAUUAAAAAAACCAACAAACAAACACUCGCCAUAUAAAUAGAAAAAAAAAGUUCAAAUAUA